CACCUCGUCUCUUCUUCACUUUUCUCCUUCCAUUCUCCCUCUUUCUUCAUCGAAGAACUCCAUCCAAAGAUCGAAGAGAAGAAACCCUAGAAUCCUUGCGAGAUCUCUCAUUGAUCGAUCCAUCCAUGGCUCGCUACGAUCGCGCCAUCACCGUCUUCUCCCCCGAUGGCCAUCUCUUCCAGGUCGAGUACGCCCUUGAAGCCGUCCGCAAGGGCAACGCUGCCGUCGGCGUCCGCGGCACCGACACGAUCGUUCUAGGCGUUGAGAAGAAGUCCACUCCCAAGCUGCAAGACUCUCGGACGGUGAGGAAGAUUGUGAACCUGGACAAUCACAUCGCGCUGGCAUGCGCGGGGUUGAAGGCGGAUGCGCGUGUGCUGAUCAACAAGGCGAGGAUCGAGUGCCAGAGCCACCGGCUCACUGUAGAGGAUCCUGUCACCGUCGAGUACAUCACUCGCUACAUCGCCGGACUGCAACAGAAGUACACGCAGAGCGGCGGUGUCCGGCCGUUUGGGCUGUCUACGCUUAUUGUCGGGUUUGAUCCCUACUCUGGUGUGCCAUCACUGUAUCAGACUGAUCCUUCUGGGACCUUUUCAGCAUGGAAGGCGAAUGCGACUGGGAGGAACUCGAAUUCUAUGAGGGAAUUCUUGGAGAAGAACUAUAAGGAGACGUCCGGAAAGGAUACCAUCAAGCUUGCGAUCAGGGCACUUCUUGAGGUUGUCGAGGGUGGGGGGAAUAUUGAAAUUGCUGUGAUGACUAAAGAAGGCCUUCGUCAACUAGAAGAACCUGAAAUUGAAGCAAUCAUUGGAGAGAUUGAGGCAGAGAAUGCUGCAGCCGAGGCCAAGCCUAAAGCCUAAAUGACCUUCCAAAGGAGUUUAUAACUGUAUCUGAAGUUCUUGAUUACACCUUGGCUAUGUGCACAUCUGAUUUACUACCAUUAUUUUUUCUUGCCAAAUUCUCAUGCUGAUGCUGGAUCACCAGAGAUUUAAUUAUUGCCUCUUUUCUUUUAAUAUGUGUAGUUUCUAAGACAUCAGAAUCAGAAACAUGCCACACUCCUGCAAUCAUCUAUAUUGUUAUUGGUCUGCUGCCAUUUUGCUUACAUCUGUUUGAUAUCUGAACCUUUAUAUUAUCA